UGUGCGUCACUCUACUCCAUAGAGUAAACCCAUUUGGAUAUUUUCCCAGAAAGGACUCGCUGUACGGUUGAUCUCAAAUUAGCCUCUGGUAUUAAGAUUGGAUUUGAUCUGAGACUCUUUCGGACUCCUCCUGUUUUGAAGCCACUUGGAUGAAGCAGAACCAGAAGGCAGGAACCCAGAAAGAUACUCGAGUUAUUUCAUUACUGGAAAAAAGAACUCGAAGUUUGGUCUUAAGCAAACCCGGAGUUCUCCAAUAGAUCGAUCACUACUCGCAGCUAGGCAGAGCUGUUAAGGCAUCUUCAUAAAUACGAUGAGUCUCCUGUUCAGUCCAAGAGUGGAAUGUUUAGAGGGAGAGUUGAAAAAGGAUCCAGGAUUCAUGGAGUCGGUUAUGCAUAACCCACCGCAUUUGCAGCAACUGAACUCCUCCUUAAUGCGAUAUCGGUCUUCUCCAAGCUCUUUCUUCGACUGUUUGGUCAAUGGCAACGGUUGUGACAUCGGAUGUGAGGAUUACAGCUAUCCCCAUCCUUUGAGCCCUGAAAUGGAUGCUGCCAUUGUCAAACUCAUGUCGAUUGAUGGUUUUGAAUCUAAUGAUAUGCAAGAGGAUGGCCGGAGAUCUGUAAAGCAGGAGUCAGAAGUUGUCUUCAGGACUAGUGUAUCUCCGGCCAUGGAUGGUACUUCCCCAGUGCACCGCCAUCUGGAUCAUGAAAUUUUAGCAAAUUCUAUUGGAUUUGGGAGCUUCUUCGAUGAAGCCAAUUCCAUGGUUUUGCAAAGUAAUGCCCCUGCAGAAUUGGGUAGCGGAAAACGCUCCAAUCUUGUCAGGCAGAGUAGCUCCCCAGCUGGUUUCACUUCAAACAUUGUUGUCGAAAUUGGCUUUGACGCCAGGAGAGAUGCUCAGAAUCUUGAAAUGCGUAAAGGAGAUGGUUCUUUUUGUAGUAAAUCCAAAUCAGUUGGUCAAACAGAUUUGAGGUCCACAUCAAUUUCAACCUCAAGGCAUAUGCCUCAGAUUGCCGAAAUGGAGAAUGAGAACAAACUAGACCGUAUGAGAAAAUCUUGGAAAAAUACAACAUUCAAUGGCCUAAAGAGGGUGAGAGAGGAGGAUGCAAACUUGUCUUCCAGCAUACACACUAUGGAAAAUCAGGAUAACAUGACCCAAAACAGGACGCAUGGGUUGACACACCAUUUGAGCUUGCCCAAGACUUCCACUGAAAUGGCUGCUGUGGGAAAUAUUUUGCAUUUUCAAGAUACUGUUUCUUGUAAAGCUCGUGCGAAACGAGGUUGUGCCACCCACCCAAGAAGCAUAGCUGAGAGAGUUAGAAGAGGGCGCAUCAGUGAAAGGAUGAGAAAAUUGCAAGAUCUUUUCCCAAACUUUGACAAGCAAACGAGCACAGCAGAUAUGCUGGAUAUGGCAUUUGAGUACAUUAAAGACCUUCAAGAGCAGGUUAAGUUGCUCAGUGAAAGUAAGGCAAAGUGCAUAUGUUCGAGUAAAUAAUGCUAAGAAGGGUCUUCUGGUACUUUUCUGCCCGUUCUGCUUCUACAAAUUACAAAAUGGGAAACCUCUUACUCUCGACUCCACAUGAUAGAUGGAUAGACUCCACAUGAUAGACGGAUAGAAAGUAAUCGCUUUCAUUGAAAAAGUUGUAUGGUGCAUUGAAAUUUAGGAGCCAUUCCAUUUAAACCGUCAGAAAGAAUGAGUACUAGCAGUCUACCACUUCAACUUUUAAUUUACAGCAAUAAGAUGACCACAUAUAUCAUUCGGCAUCAUAUAAGCCAUGUCAAUUGGUUUUUGUAUACAAUGAAGUACUCGAUUUUCUAUUAUAUUUGGCAGAAUUGAAUUUAAGAGGUGUAGAUCAA